CCGGAUAUCAGGGAUUCAAUAUCGUCCAAAGCAACAGCCCGGCGGCUCCUUUUUUGAAUAUUCGCUGUUCAGAUGACGUUAACCAAUAAAAUACCUGUAUGGCUAGACUGCGAUCCUGGUCAUGAUGAUGCCUUCGCUAUUUUACUAGCAGCUCAUCAUCCAGCCGCAGAUCUUUUGGGCAUAAGUACCGUUCAUGGAAAUGCAGCCUUAGUCAACACGACGGCAAACGCAGGGAGUGUUUUGACGGCUAUUGGGAAACCAGAUAUCCCGGUUUACAGAGGGGCAAGCAAGCCGCUGGUUCGGCCUGCCGUCCAUGCUGAUGCUAUUCAUGGUGAAUCCGGGCUAGCUGGAACUGACCUGCUUCCAACGCCAGCUCGACCAGCGGAUUUGUCGAUUGAAGCAGUUGAUGCCAUGGCCAAAGCCAUACUUGCAACACCCCCAAACACCUGCUGGCUCGUGGCAACGGGCACAUUAACAAAUGUUGCCAGGCUGGUUAUGAAGUACCCAGCUGUAGUUGGGCAUCUUAAAGGCCUUUCUAUCAUGGGAGGCGCUAUUGGUGGUGGGUUUACUGCUGCACCGAUGGGCAAGGUGGGUAGCACUGAACGAUACGGGAAUUGGACUCCUUAUGCAGAAUUCAAUAUAGUUGUAGACCCCGAGGCAGCAGCAACUAUAUUCGACCUCCCUGAGUUGGCAGCUAAGACCACUCUUAUCCCUCUAGAUGUCUCUCACCAGGUCCUCGCCAAUAAAGACGUUAUCAAACUAUUGCAUUAUGGAAAGAAAGGCCCUUCUGAUUCAACCCCAUCAGUUCUCCGAACUAUGCUGGUUGAAUUACUAUGCUUCUUCGCCGAAACAUACGACAAAGUUUUCGGAUUGUCAGAAGGGCCACCCCUCCAUGAUCCAAUUGCAGUAGCAGCAAUGUUUGAAGGCACUGAAUACGCCAUAGCGUUAUACGACUAUGAGGAGGGACAACAGGGUAGACGUGAGAGGUUUAACGUGAAGGUUAUCACGGAGGGUACUCACGCUGAAGCUCUGGAGGGGAAGACGGAAACGGGGAGGACGAUCGCCACGCUUUUGCCGCCGGGGCAAGAGGGAGUGAAGAUUCCGAGAAGUCUCGAUGUGCAGAACUUUUGGAGAGUUAUUGAGGAUUGUUUGGAGAAGGCAGAUGCGAUAAAUGCUGUGGGCAAGAAUUGAUGUGGGAAUUGUUCAUAAAACUCAUUGUUGUAUUGAGUAUUUUUCAGAACUAUAGAUCAAUAGAAACUCACGAUCAGAGCUAUAAUUUAUUAUAUUGCAGUUCAACUUUUCAAUAGGCCAGUUACCCAGAAUCAAAAUAAGAGGGAG